GAGCGCCGGGACGCCGGCGGCCGCCGGCCCUGCUCCGCCGCGCCUCGCCCGGCCCCCCCCGACCCGCGGAGCCCGCCUGGAAGAUGGAGGCUGUGGAGGCCAGCACCCUUCAGCAGGAGAGGCUGCAGGCCAUCGCGGAGAAGCGGAAACGUCAGACGGAGAUCGAGAACAAGAGGCGGCAGCUCGAGGAUGACCGGCGGCAGCUGCAGCAUCUCAAGUCCAAGGCUCUGCGGGAGAGGUGGCUGCUGGAGGGGGCCCCGUCCUCUGCCUCCGAGGAGGAUGAGGCGAUGAAGAAGCAAAUGCAGGAGGAUGAAGUGAAGACCAAGGAGCUGGAGGAAACCAUCCAGAGGCUGGAGAAGGAGCUGGAGACGCUGGAGAACAGCAGCUCGGUGGCGUCCACCAAGGAGAACCUGGCCGAGGUGGCGGCGGUGCCAGCCAAGGAGAAGGCAGAGACCGUCCCCAACGCGCAGAAGAGUCCCCUGGGCACAGCCGUAGCCAAGAAGGUCUCCAGCAGCCCCAUGAAGGCAGUGGAAGGCACCGACAUGAUGAAGGCAGCCAUGUACUCAGUGGAGAUCACAGUGGAGAAGGACAGAGUUACUGGGGAGACCAAGGUCCUGUCCAGCACCACCCUUCUCCCCCAGAACCAUUGUCUGCAAGGGGUCAAAGUGUACGAGGAUGAGCUAAAAGUGGUGCACGCGGUGAGCGCCGAGGCUGGGGCCCUGCAGAACGGGGCCCACCCGCUCAGCUCCUCGGAGGUCGACGAGCUCCUUCACAAGGCAGAUGAGGUGACCCUGAGCGAGGCCAAGGCGGGCGAGGAGGCGCCCGGCAGCGCCCCGUCCAGCCAGAAGCCGACGCCGCGCAGGGAGAUCACGGGGCUGCAGGCGAAGCCGCGGGAAAACUCCACGGCGCUGCUGCCGGGCGAGGGCGCGGAGCCGAGCCGGGAGCAGCCGGUCACCAUGAUCUUCAUGGGCUACCAGAACGUGGAAGACGAGAACGAGACCAAGAAGGUGCUGGGGCUGGAGGGCACCAUCAAGGCUGAGCUGGUGGUGAUCGAGGACGCCGAGAGCAAGCCGGAGCCGGCGUGCAAGGACCACGCACCGCCCAACGGCACGGCGCUGGAGCCUGCGGCCGCCCUGCCGCAGGGGGAGGAGGCCCCGGGCGGGCAGAAGCUGGGCACCAACGCCACGGAAGCCAAGGAGGCCGAGCAGGACAUGGACGCGAAGAAGCAGCGCUGCAAAUGCUGCACGGUGAUGUGAGCCCCGCGGCCGGCGAGAGCAGGCUGCCCCCGCCGAGCCCCUCCGCCCCCGCUCCCCAGGCCCGCGGCCCCGCAGGACACAGGGUUAUUUACUGGCCAGACACAGCCCCCUUUUUUCUUAAGAACUGGGGAAAUCCAACGCGGUGUUU